CUUUAUCCCUUUUGUUACUCUACAGCGUUUUGUUUGGAGCUGCAAAAUGCUCUGUUCAAGACGGUGCCUUGUGACUUCACGUCAACUAUAUUCAGUUGUGCAUGAUCCAAAUGAAAAGACUUUUGAAAAGCUGCUUGUUGCCAACAGAGGGGAGAUUGCAUGCAGAGUCAUCAAAACAUGCAAGAAGAUGGGAAUUAAAACAGUUGCCAUACACAGUGAUGUUGAUGCCAAUGCUGUUCACGUGCAAAUGGCGGACGAAGCGGCCUGCGUCGGCCCAGCCCCCAGCGGCCAGAGCUACCUCAAUAUGGACGCCAUCAUGGGAGCCAUUAGGAGAACCGGUGCCCAGGCGGUACACCCAGGAUACGGAUUUCUGUCUGAAAACAGGGAAUUUGCUAAACGUUUGGCAUCGGAAGGUGUCACCUUCGUGGGACCUGACACACACGCGAUUCAAGCUAUGGGAGACAAGAUUGAAAGCAAAUUGUUAGCCAAGAAUGCAAAGGUCAACACAAUCCCUGGCUUUGAUGGGGUAGUCAAGGAUGCAGAUGAAGCUGUCAGAAUUGCAAGGGAAAUUGGCUACCCUGUCAUGAUCAAGGCCUCAGCAGGUGGUGGUGGGAAAGGCAUGAGAAUCGCUUGGGAUGAUGAAGAGACCAGGGAAGGUUUUAGGUUUUCAUCUCAAGAAGCUGCUUCGAGUUUUGGUGACGAUCGCUUGCUGAUAGAGAAGUUCAUUGAUAACCCUCGUCACAUAGAAAUCCAGGUUUUAGCAGAUAAGCAUGGCAACGCUUUGUGGUUAAAUGAAAGAGAAUGCUCCAUUCAACGAAGAAAUCAGAAAGUAGUGGAGGAAGCACCAAGCACUUUUCUAGACCCUGAAACUCGAAGAGCAAUGGGAGAACAAGCAGUAGCUCUCGCCAAAGCAGUAAAAUAUUCCUCUGCUGGAACAGUAGAAUUCCUUGUGGACUCCAGUAAGAACUUCUACUUCUUGGAAAUGAAUACUAGACUUCAGGUUGAGCAUCCUGUCACAGAAUGCAUUACCGGCCUGGACCUUGUCCAAGAAAUGAUCCGCGUUGCCAAGGGUUACCCGCUGCGGCACAGACAGACCGAUAUCCCCAUCAACGGCUGGGCCGUGGAGUGCCGCGUUUACGCCGAGGACCCCUACAAAUCUUUUGGCCUGCCAUCCAUUGGUAAACUCACCCAGUAUCAGGAACCAUUGCAUCUGCCAAGUGUACGUGUUGACAGUGGCAUUCAACAAGGAAGUGAUAUUAGCAUUUAUUAUGAUCCUAUGAUCUCGAAACUGAUUACCUAUGGCUCUAAUAGAGCUGAAGCAUUGAAAAGAAUGGAAGAGGCUUUGGACAAUUACGUAAUUCGAGGUGUAACGCACAAUAUUUCUUUACUGAGAGAAGUGAUCAUCCAUCCACGCUUCGUUCAAGGAGAUAUCAGCACUAAAUUUCUUCCUGAAGUCUAUCCUGAUGGUUUUAAAGGACACAAGUUGACAGAUCCUGAGAGAAGGGAACUACUGGCGACAGCAGCGUCUUUGUACGUGGCUGAACAACUGAGAUCCCAGCGCUUUCUAGGCACUCAGAGAAUUCCUCUUGCUAAAUCACAGAGAAGUAGCUGGGAGCUGUCUGUGAAUCUAGAAGAUGGAGUUUACCCUGUGACCGUUUCAAAGAGUGACUCAACUUUUUCUGUGGAAGUUGAUGGGAUGAAACUGAACGUGACCGGCGAGUGGAACCUGGCUUCACCCUUGCUGUCUGUCACCGUUGAUGGCACUCAGAGGACCAUACAGCGCCUUUCUCGGGAUGCAUCUGGAAACCUAAGCAUUCAGUUUCUUGGCACAGUGUACAAGCUGCAAAUCCUGAGCCAGGCUGCGGCGGAGCUGAGCAAGUACAUGCCGGAGAAGGCGGCCGAGGACACCUCCAGCAUCCUGCGAUCCCCCAUGCCCGGGACGGUGGUGGCAGUUUCUGUGAAGCCCGGGGACACGGUUUCCGAAGGUCAGGAGAUCUGUGUAAUUGAAGCAAUGAAGAUGCAGAACAGCCUGGCGGCCGCUAAAACAGGCAAGGUAAGCUACCUUGGCUUGCCCGGACCACGGGCCCGUGUCACAUAGCAGGGAAUUUGAGAAGGAAGAAAGGAGGACUCCGGUCGUUAAGGAAUUAAGUGUGCUUUUUGUAAGACUUCCAAAGUGAGGUAGGUGCCUUUAAUUGUUAACGUUUACAUCUGCUGUGAUGCUGUUGAAUAGUCCCGAGCCUCGGACAGCACAGCGGGAAUUAGUUUCACCGGCUCCAGAAGGGUGUAGCUCCUUUUCCCGCYGAAACGAUGUGUUUUGUGUGGUGCCACACUGAAGAGAAGCCUGGGGCUGCUGCAGAGCCGAAUCCCACCUUGUCCGAGAGCGGCUGGAGGAGACGGGCGCUGCGCAGGGCUCGUCCCUGGUGCACGCCCUGGAUGUCCCCUCCUUUGKGGACUGUCCCCGCCAAACGUUGGCUCCAAGGCCCCAGCCUGACCGUGGCCUCCGGCACGCGCUGGCUCCUCCUUCCC